ACGCUUUAACUAUAGAGGCAAGAAAUCAUUUAACACGGCGGAUGUUGUAAAUAAACUUUAAACAGCAAAGUAUUCUGGGAAUUGGAGGCCUAUUGACAACAUAACAGAAGUCUAAAAGGCCAAUGUGAGUGUAUCAGAAACUACAUCCCCCGAAGUGCUCAUUUAAGACGGAAGAACAACGGGCAAUUCUACCCAGAAGUCUUUACGAUUCCGCUCUUCUAGAAGGAAGGUCAUUCUUACAGACAGGGAAGGCAGUAGUCGUUUGCAGAAAUUAAUUUUUGAAUAAUGUUUGGACAAGCUGUUCGUAGGUUUGCUACUUCUGCUAUUCGUAGGUCACAUUAUGAGGAAGGCCCAGGGAAGAAUAUCCCAUUUUCAGUGGAAAAUAAGUGGAGAUUGCUGGGGCUAAUGGUUGUAUUCUUUGGUAGUGGAUUUGCAGCUCCUUUCAUUGUUGUCCGUCACCAGAUGCUCAAGAAAUGAAGAAUUUAAUUUUUCUUCCAGGAACCACAAAAAGGUUCACUAUACUGCUGACCAUAUUUCUGCAUUGGAACAUGGCCAUCAUGACCGAAAAUGGAUGAAAAUUUGUUGCACUUGUCAACCUGUAAAUAAAGCUGUUUAUGGACAUAA